AUGUCAGUAAAUGUUCUGCCUCAAAUGAAAUCCAUUUGGAUUGACGAAGACCAAGAAGCUGAAAAGCUAUACGGCAUUCAGGCUCAACAAUUGAUGGAUUCAGGUAGUGAUUAUGAUGAUGAAGAUGGAGAAUAUCAUGGGAUUCCAGAUUUAAUGUUAAUCAACAGCGAUAAACCAAUCCUAAAUAAUAAAAAAAAUAUUGAAUUAUCUGGUUUGAAAAAUGCGUCAAGUCCAACUAAAUAUCAGUCUCAUGCUACUGAAAAGUCUAGUACUAAUAAAAAAUCAUCUAGUUCGAAGAAAUUUUUCAAAAAAUUAUUUAAUUCAAGUAGUUUCAAACAAGAAUCAAGUAUGAAGAAAAGAAACAUUUCUACGCCUUAUCAUUUUCAACAUAUCUCUCAUGCAGGUGGUAUGGAUGACGAUGACAAUUCAAAAGAAGAAAUUGAGGAGCAAUCAGUAGGAGUCGAAAGAUCGUUUGAUCCAAAGGCCAAACAAUUAAGUAGUAUCUUUGUUACUGAAUCCAUCCCACAUGCUAAAUGUGACAGUCAUCUAUUUCAACAACAUAAUCGUCGUCGUAGUAACAGUAAUAAUAUUAAGAGAUCAUCUUAUUCAUCAUCGAUUUAUUCAUCUACUACAAAUUCAACUAAAGGUGAUCGUAUCAAAUCUUCUUCAACUAUGGCUACAACUAUACUGGAUAGAUUCCCAACUAAUUCUAAAAAUGGACUAUCAUCUCGUAGCAAUAAUAAUAGUUUGAAAUCCAAUGGUUACAACAAAAUAUCUAACGAUACUAUUAGACCUGUUUCGGAAGCGAGUCAAGAAGAUUCGAUUCAAUUCCUGAAAGAUUAUAGUUUUCCGACUUUGUUAGAAGAUAAACUUAUUAAUGAUUUUGAUAGUCAUUCAAUGGCAAUGUCAUUUUUAGAUACACCAAAAGAAAUUUUGACAUUAAUGCCUCAACAACUACCUCCAAUGCAUUCCCCUUCGUUAUCAAUUGACUCUAAAGUUUCUUCUAUUAUAGAUACCCCAUUGACUCAAAUUAAAAGGAGAAAUUCUUUACCAUUAGCUCAUUCUUUAUCAACACCCGAAUUGGAAAACAUGUUAUUUAAAGAUAACUCACCAAAGAGUGCAAAAAGAGUAUCUCUUGGCGAUGUUAUCAUGUAUUACAAUCAAAGUAGUACAUCUACUGAAUCACCAUCAACUUUUGCAUCUCCAGACUUACAUUAA